AUGAAGAUAAAUAUGGCAAAUCGUAAGUCACUGUUGGUAUUGUUGUUUCUAUUGGCCUCCUGGAUCACUUUUACAGUUUUUAAAAACUCUACAAAGAUAUGGACUGCACUGAGGUUGCCCAUCACCCUCCAUCACUGGAACUUGGUCAUGAAAUCCCCAUGUCCUGAAGUACCGCUGCAUCCAGUAGUUUCAUCAGCUGAGACCGAGCUAAGAAUAAAGAGAAUCACAGGGAAACUAGACCAGCUGAUCCCACCCAGACCUUUCACCCAUAUGAAUACCACCACCAGUGCAGCACAUAGCACAGCUACCAUCCUCCACCCUCGAGAUGCCUACUGCAGGGGUGAUCGGCUAGAUGUUGUCCUGGAGGGGAGGGACCACUUGGGACGCAGGAAGGAAUAUGGUGGGGACUUCCUGAGAGCCAGGAUGUCGUCUCCAGCCCUGAAGGCAGGGGCAUCAGGAAAUGUGACCGACUACAACAAUGGCACUUACCUGGUCAGCUUCACUCUCUUCUGGGAGGGCUGGGUCUCUCUGUCUCUCCUGCUUAUCCACCCCAGUGAAGGGGCAUCAGCUCUCUGGAGGGCCAGGAACCAAGGCUAUGACAGGGUGAUUUUCACAGGCCAGUUUGCCAGUGGUACCUCCCAUGUCGAUACUGAUUGUGCCCUGGUUUUAAACUCCAGCACUGAGCUGUGUGAGUACUUGGAUGCACAAGACCAAGAAGCCUUCUACUGUGUAAGACCACCCCACAUGCCCUGUGCUGCUCUCACUCACAUGCAUUCCAAAAACAAGGAUGUUUCUUAUCUCAGCAAACAAGAAUGGAACCUCUUUGAAAGGUCAAAUGUGGGUAUAGAGAUUAUGGAAAAAAAUGUCAUCAGUGUCUCCAAAUGCAACAGAAAAACUGUUCCAGUGAAAAAGAAAUGCAAGUUUGGAAUGACAUCCACAAUCCCUGGUGGACAUGUCUGGAAAGAGACAUGGAAUCCUGUCUCCUGUAGUUUGGCUCCGAUCAAAAUGAAAGAAUGCCUAACAGGAAAAUUCGUGUAUCUAAUGGGAGAUUCCACAGUCCGCCAGUGGAUGGAAUAUUUCAAAAACAGUAUCAACACACUGAAAUCAGUGGAUCUGCAUGAAUCAGGAAAAUUUCAACACCAGCUUGCUGUGGACUUGGACAAGAAUAUCAACAUCCAGUGGCAAAAACAUGGUUACCCUCUGAUUGGAUCAUUGACCUAUUCAGUGAAAGAAAUUGAAUACAUUGCCCGAGUCAUUGACAGAACUGGAGGAGAAAAAAACACUGUCAUUGUUAUUUCUCUGGGCCAGCAUUUCAGGCCCUUCCCCAUUGAUGUUUUUAUCCGAAGGGCCCUCAAUGUCCACAAAGCUGUUCAGCGUCUUCUUCUGAGAAGUCCAGACACUAUGGUUAUUAUCAAGGCAGAAAACAUCAGGGAGAUGCAUGGUGAUGUGGAAAGAUUUAGUGACUUUCAUGGUUACGUCCAGUAUCUUGCCCUUAAGGAAAUUUUUCAAGAUCUGAAUGUGGGCCUCAUUGAUGCCUGGGAUAUAACAAUUGCAUAUGGCACAAAGAGUGUGCAUCCACCUCAAUCUGUAGUCAGAAAUGAAGUUAAUAUAUUAUUAAACUAUAUUUGCUAG